GGCUGUUGUCCGCCGUUCCUGAUGCGUAAAUAUCCCAAACUAAAGUCCUCUUUCCUGCAGACAGAGACACAGAGCUCCGAGAUGACUGACGAAGGAGCGUUUUUUCUAUUCUGAUGGUUCAGUAAAGUACCCGAUGCCGGACUGAUUCGACUUUACAUGCCUGAGAGGACUGUAGUCGGUCACCUUCUUUGCGAGACACAUCGGCUCAGACCUGCUUUGAGACUAAAAUGAGGGAGAACAUGUGGAUAUUUUACAGUGCCGACAAUCCAAAGUGUAUCUUCUCUAUCUGGAACCAGUGGUGUUUGUAUUACGCAGCAUUGGCGUGUUUGUUGUUUUCCCCUGUCAGGACGGAUGAUGCCUGCCCGUCCUUCUGCAUCUGUGCCAGAGACUCGGGGACAGUCACCUGCCGUGAUGGGGACGACACCAAGGUACCUGGAGACAUACCGGAGUGGACGUCCACCUUGAUACUCAAGGGGAGAAACAUUUCAACUUUACAGCGUGGUGCGUUCAUGAGCAACGGCACGGAGUUGGAAAUGACGACACUCUCGCUGUCCUAUAACGGGAUACAGGUUAUUGAACCGUACGCCUUCCUGGGACUCCCCCGGCUGCAUUUGCUGGAUCUGAGCCACAACCAGCUGGAGUCUAUCUCCGCCAGGGCUUUCCACGGGUUACCGGAGCUGCGCUCUCUCUACCUAAAUUACUCCAUUCUGCCUUCGGCCACGGAGCAGCUCUCAAAUGCGCUCAGCACACAAAGUUUGCGCAACCUCCACAGACUGGAGUUGGCGGGAAACAGGCUGAAGUCAAUCCCCCUGAUGAGAUUAGAUAUGUAUAAUCUCCACGCGCUGGUGCUGAUAAAUAACUCAAUAGAGAGCAUAGGGGGAGAUGAUGUGACCAUUUUGUACCAGGAAAGGCGCAUACGCGUCUACUUGUCUUUAAACCCGUUUCGGUGCAACUGUGAGCUGGAGGCGUUUUACUACUGGUUGAAGAAUUCAUCCCAGUGCCCGGAUGCAGGGCGUCUUCUGUGCAACGAGCCGGAGGCCAAGAGGGGGGUUCCUGUGGAGAAGCUCCGGCAGGAGGACGUGGAUUGUAUGAAUGAGAACCUUGAGGCGGUGUCAUACGUGUUCCUUGGUAUAGUGUUGGCUCUGAUCGGGGUGGUGUUUCUAAUGGUGCUGUAUCUCAACCGGGGAGGCAUCAAACGGUGGCUCAACAACAUCAGAGAGGCGUGCCGAGACCAGAUGGAGGUCUAUCAUUACCGCUACGAGCAGGACUCAGACCCGAGACUCGCCAACGUGGCUGUUUAAAAACACCAGGCCAGUGCUGUGUAGUGGCUGUGAGGGCAAACAGACUGGGGGAGACUCCCCAGCAGUGUCCUGUUGCAAUCAGAAUCAAUAGUUUUUACAACCAGUUUCAUCAUUUUCAGCAGCUGGCCAAUGAACUGCAUGUGUAUCCCCCUCACACUGGGAUAUGCACAGAGCCAAACACAGUAUAAUGACUAUGAGAGACUGUAAAGUGUUCAUUUUGUACAACUGAAUACUCAAACUUCUAAGCACUACUGUACAUACUGUACAUCCUCCAGAGAGGAAUGCUUUUCAUGCAUCAUGUUACGCAGCCUACAGCAGCUUGUCAGACUAACUUAGUAUUAUUUAUCUUAUUAACCAAGUGACAAAUAUACAGUAAAGUUAUAGGAUUCUUGAUUUGAGAAGAAAUGCUGAAUCAAUGUAUCACUGAAAACUGCAGCCUUGCAAGUUGUUGCAAGCUAAUGGCCUACAUUCAGGACACCCUGCAGGGACAACAAGGUAUUCAUGUUUCUAAUCUGCUGAGGGAGUGCAUAUUGGGUGAGAGAGAAAGGAGACUAGGGCGGGUGAGAGGAGGCGAGGAAGCUGGUGAGUGCCAUUUUCAUGCAAGCAGGCAAUGCUGGAGUAAACUGUCAUGUUUCAUCAUCAAGAACAUGGGAUAAGUUACCAACCUUUCUUUCCAAACAGCCUUUGAUCUCUAAAAACAACACAUGUAUCAUUUGACACCGGGCCAGUUUAUCAGUGAAGGGGCAAAAGAAGCGACAGAGUCUAACCAUGCAUGUGAUUGUUGUAGGCAUAGAAAACCAACCAAAACUUUAA